AUGUAUUACGGUGAUGACGACUUCGACCGCUCUUAUGACAACCUGACGCAUGGACAGCGCAUUGCCAUCGGUGUUUGUGUGUCUAUCGGUGGUGUGAUAUUGCUGGUCGCUAUUGGAUAUUUUAUCAGCCAGUACCGCAGCAGGCCGUUUCUUCCUCGAUUCAGGCCGGGCUUCAGUACCGGCUACUAUGGUGGCGGGCAGCCUUAUCAUCCACAGCCGUAUCCUAUGGCGCAGCAGUCUCAGGGUGGGUAUCCUGGUCCCGGCGUUCCGUGGCAACCGGGUCCGUACACUCCCGCAGGUGGCCCAGGCCCGCAGUACGCCCCACCGGACCAUCCGCCGCCCACUCAUCAGCCGGAGAAGAGCGGUGGUCCGUACGCUCCGCCUCCCGGUCCGCCGCCUGGCGAGGGGGCGGGUCCUUAG